UGAGCUGAAAAUACCAUGUCUGAAGUACAGGGCACCAUAGAGUUUUCAGUAGAGCUGCAUAAGUUUCACAAUGUGGACCUAUUCCAGCGAGGAUAUUACCAUGUAAGAGCAUCUUUGAAGACAUCGGCACGGACACCACACAGGCUGGUAGCCACACUUGUAGGGCAAACAGAUGAUCCCGGGCCCUACCCGCCCUGUGUGUACGACAAUGUUGUGUUCAGCCGCGUCUUUCAGAUCCUGUACAGAAACGAAGACAUUGAGAUUAAUGACGUGAUGGCAUUUAAAGUGCACUUGCUGCUCGACGGAGAGAGGGUAGAAGAUGCCCUUAGUGAAGUAGACUUCCAGCUGAAGUUAGAUCUCCACUUCACGGACAGUGAACAACAGCUGAGAGACAUCCCGGCGGUGGCGCUGAUCAGCAGUCGGACGCUGGGGCUGCAUUUCCACCCCACGAGCGGGUUGCACCACCAUGUUCCCGUCAUGUUCGAUUAUUUCCACUUGUCGGUGAUUUCUGUAACAGUUCACGGCUCACUGGUAGCCCUGCAUCAGCCGCUCCUCAGCUUUGCCCGCCCGGUGAAAGGAUCGUGGUUGGGGAAAAGCGGUCUGGAACCGGUCACAGACAAUUCUAACGUUUCCAUGGAGGACUUGGUGUUCGGGGCUGCGUACUGCAAGCCGCCAUCUUCAGAGGGAAGCUGUUACGCCCUAUCAGAAGACUGCAUACAACAUGCCUAUAAAUGGCACAAAGACCUCUGCCAGCUGCUGCUGACGGCCUACAAUGCCCUGGGCUCCUAUUAUGCCAACAUCUUAAAAGAAAUUCCAGACUUGCCCCACACAGAGACAGAGGAGUUGUCAACGGAAAGGACAUUGUGUCAGCUCUGCAACCAACUGCAGCUGCUGAGUGGCCCUGAGGAGAUAACAGAACAGAUAAGUAAGGACUUGGCGUGGCUCCGCUCUCAGCUGCUCCUAACAUGGAGCCACUUCCUGGAAACGGUCACCCUCCAACCUGAUGUCACUUCCUACCUCAUGCAGGAACACCACACUCUGAGGGUGAGAAGGUUCUCGGAAGCCUUUUUCUGCACGGAACAUGAGAAACCUGCCGUUCUGACAUUCCAGGAAAACCUGAUUCAAAGCCACAGCAACCUCUCGACAGAAAUCCGGAAUUCGGAAUACUUGGCCGCCAUGCCCCCCCUUCCCAUGGAGUGUUUGGACAUAGACGGAGACUGGACCUCUCUUCCUAUCAUCUUUGAAGAUCGAUAUGUUGAAUGUCCAAAAAAAGAUUACAUUAUGGAUAAUGCGCUUUUGGAGCCAACAAAUGAAAAUGUAUGUGAAUCGAAUAAGGAAUUCCCACCAGAAAACACUCACAUUAACUCAAAACCGCAUUUCAUUCAGUCAACAACCGUUCAUGAUAACGCAUCGUUCGAAAAGCUGGGCGUCUGCACCGAAGCUCAAGAAGAUUGUUAUACUGAAAGCCCUGAACAAUGCUUUGAUUAUAAUCAGGAAGCUGCAAGUGUUGAAUCGGAAUCUCUAGCAGAUUUGAAUCAAUUAUAUAUUCCGCCCUCAGAAAUAUCUGACUGUGGAGCAGAAUUAUCUCUGUCAACUGCAAAUGAAGACUGUGAUCAAGCUACUAGGUGCCACCAGGAACCUAAAAAAACUCCAGGUGUGACUUAUAUUGAAGUAAAACCCCAAAGCCAAGAUAAAUACAAAGGAGAACCAGUGUUAAUUGUCAAUUCCCAGUAUGGAAACACCACGUCCUUGGCCAACGAUGAAGCUACUCAAUCUGAAGGGCAUCCAAUGACACAAGAACAUACUAAUGACACAAGAACAUACGAACAUAUCGCUCUGCAUGAAGUCAGGAGCACCAAAAAUGAACUCAUUUCAAUUUCAAAAAGUCAGAAAUCCCGUCAGUGCAGUCAUACAUUAUUAAAAAGCAGCAGUACCGAAUUGAUUAGGAACUCUACAGAAGAUACGUUAAUGGUGAAAUCUUGCCCGACAGAUAGAUAUGGAAAGACGUCAUUAUUCUCAUCAGGGGGUAUCAAGAGGUCUUCUUCUGUGAUAUCAGACUCGGGGAUAGAGAGUGAGCCCAGCUCCGUUGCUUGGUGUGAUCUCCAUAACAGGACGAUGGAUUUGACCAGCGAUAAAGAUCUUUUGCUGCAACUAUCAAAACAGAACUGGGAAGGAGAACGCACGGAAAGUAACACAAGUUUGCCAAGUGGGAUUCAGGCCUCGCUAGCUUCCAUAAAUUCUUUGCCGUUUGAGGAGGAGGACAGGGAAAUGGAGCUUUCGAAGUUGACUAAAUCAGUUUCGGCCCCGCAGAUCAGUAGUCCAGAGGAAACCCUCAAUGACUUAAUUCUCAAUAACAAAGUGGUGGGUGAAAUAAUCCACAGCUUGACGCAAUGCUCAAGCGACGACAAGGAAGAGGAAAGGCAAACAGCGAUGAACUACUACAACAACAUCACAAACGGCAUCAUCAGUGAGUUGGUGAAUGAGACCUGCAACCAGUUGGUGCAACCUGGAACCAAAUCUCAUGAGUCUUCUUUGGCAAAUGCUUUAAUCCAAGGUUUGAUUCCAGAUUCAGAGGCGGGAGUGAUCGAUGCUUAUAUUGUUCCUAAAGCAGAUGAUUUCCCUUCGGUUCAUCCAAAAGCAAUUAUGUGUGAUUUAAGCUCUCCACAUGACCAAUACCUUAUGGCAAAGGCAACUUCGUAUUCUGUUUCCCCACUGGUAGAUGCUAACUCCAUUACCCAUACUAGUUUUUCUGUUAUAGCUCCAGCCAAUGAGAUAUUCCAGGACUGUCCAGUUUUACAUCAGACAGAGCUCGUUGAAGACUCUGUUGAGUCUACCGAUCAGUCGAUAGAUAAUUAUUACCAUGAACUGUACAGCAUAGAGCAAGAAGUAACGAACACUAGAACUGAUUGUGCUUCUGAACUUGAGGAGUCCAAUGCGAGUAUGUCUACUGUCCGAGUGCUAGAAAGAAGGAAUGGGGUUGAACUGGUCAAUUUGUCUGUGUCCUGUACUGCUACGUGUUUACCAUUUUCUUCAAUGCAAAAGGACACUCCAGCAAUUCCAGGGUUCUCAACAAAACAAGCGUUGUUUCCAAUAACAAGACAACCAUUGGGUUCCUUUGAGGUGGUUUCCAGCAACUCUAACACCGACGAAGACAGCAAUGAAAGAAUGCUAAGCUUCCAUCAGGCUAAACACAAAUUCAGGAAAGAGUUGAAGUUUGAAGGUUUCAUCUACAGUGACCAGCCUGUACUUGCUUCUGAUGUGCCUUAUUUCCCUGCCGAGGAGGAACAGACAGAAGAUGGAAUCCAUUUGGUUGUCUGUGUGCAUGGACUAGAUGGUAACAGUGCAGAUCUGCGACUAGUAAAGACUUUCUUGGAAUUGGGAUUGCCCGGAGCAAAUCUUGACUUCCUCAUGUCUGAAAAAAAUCAGACGGACACAUUUGCUGAUUUUGAUGCGAUGACCGACAGACUGAUCGAUGAAAUAGUCCAGCACAUCCAGUUAUAUAACCUGUCAAUAUCAAGAAUAAGCUUCAUAGGACAUUCAUUGGGGAACAUCAUCAUUCGGUCUGUACUGACCCGGCCCCGGUUCCGGUACUACCUAAACAAACUGCAUACAUUCCUGUCUCUCUCUGGGCCACACCUUGGCACUCUCUAUAGUAACAGUACUUUAGUUAAUACAGGUUUGUGGCUUAUGCAAAAGUUAAAGAAAUCCGGAUCACUGCUGCAGUUGACGUUCAGGGAUAAUACGGAUCUCCGGAAAUGCUUCUUGUACCAGCUCAGCCAAAAGCCAGGUCUUCAGUAUUUUAAGAACGUGGUUCUGGUGGCGUCGCCCCAAGAUCGCUACGUGCCGUUCCAUUCGGCGAGAAUAGAAAUGUGUAAAAAUGCCACAAAGGACAAACACACAGGCCCUGUAUAUACAGAGAUGUUGAACAACCUUCUCCAACCAGUAAUAGACUCAAAGGACUGCACUUUGAUACGGCACAAUGUGUUCCAUGCUCUCCCCAACACUGCCAAUACUCUGAUUGGACGCGCAGCCCACAUUGCCGUGUUGGAUUCAGAACUCUUCCUGGAGAAGUUUUUCCUCGUUGCCGGACUUGGAUAUUUCAAGUAACUUCUAAUUCAAAUGCAAAAUGAAACCGGUCACCAAAAAAAAAAAAAAUGGUUGUUUUUGGGGAACUCUUUUUUCUUGUGUAUUACGCUAACAAUAUUCUGGUAUUUUCUCUUUUGGUGUAUAUUUUGCAAAAUACCUCAUUAUAUUUUUAUGCCUUUUUUGCUUAAUAUCAUUUAAAUGAUAUUUAGCCUAUACCGGCUGUAUCAAGAUAAACUGCUCUACAGUUCAAAACCACCUGAAACAAAAAAUGGAGGAGGGGGAAUUUUUGGUACGUCCACUUAUUAUAAAAUUGGUCAUUCGAUGCUGCAAAUAGGCUGCAGUGCAUUUAUAGCCAAUAAACAGACAGCUUACUAUACACAUUAUACACAUUCCACAUACACCCUUAUUCCCUUAACAGUUCCAUAUGUUAAAAAACACCCCUGAAACCCCAUUCAGUAUUCCGUUUUACACAUUUAAUGCUACAUGUUCUUUCCCUUUGUUUUUUUCCCAUUACUGCCUUGUCAGAAAGGUGCCUACAAGGCCAUAAUUACUAUUAUUACCAUUAACUGUUUUUUUUUUUCAAUAGGAAAAUUUUUUGUCUAAGUGGGGCAUUUACUAAAUUUUUUUU